GCGCGCGCACGUAUAACGGGAAUGGUUUAUAAAAUGUUGUGACGUAGAUCAUCAGUUUCGCUUGCGCAGCGUGAACCCGAAUACCGCGUGAUUUUUACUCCUCCCAAGCGAAGUGCAGUGAACUUACGAGACGCUGGUGCGGGCAUUGAACUGAGACCUACGCGAAUGUGUAGCUCCUUGUGAGACCUUCUAUUGAAUGUUAUCGCCCGAUUUCAGUAGCUCAGCUGCGCUGCUUAGAGAAGUCAGUGCAUUCUGCAGCAAACCCUUGAAAGUUCAAAUUGCGUCCCAAGAGCAGCAGUCAUGUCUGGAUACGAAGUGACCAUGUACAAGCCCCUAUGUCACUGGGUUCGGUGCCGCGGUGUGCACUUACCGCACAACGCUGUAUCCGGAGGCACGGACCUGCAAGGAGAGGAGACGUUCGUGGGGCGUGCUGUGCACGAUGGCGACGUCAUACCGGGAAAGGUUGUGCCUUCCCGCGGCAUUUGUUACGUCGCUUACGGAUCAUGCGAACACGGCUACGAAGACUAUCAGGUGCUUGUCUCCGAUGGAGCUUCACUGGGGUGGCUACCGGCAUCCGAUGGCUCAUUGCCGACUGGCGCCGUUCAAGGUGGCACUAAUUCUGAGGGUGAACCGCUCUAUAUUGGCCGCACCCAUCACAAUGGCAUGCUGAUCGUCGGCAAGGUCCACCCGUCCCACAAGUGUAUAUACAUUCCGUUAAGCACUUUCGAGCAUAGAUACACAGAGUAUGAGGUCCUGGUAUGGAAGACAAUCAACUUCUGAGAAGAUGCCAGCAAGAAUCUCGAACGUUGCCGUCUAACGCGCAUCGCAAAUGACCGUCCGCAUGCUAAAAAGCAGAGAACAAUGCGUACUGCUGUAAAAAAAGGUGUGCAUUAGACAGAUGCAUUUCGAAUAUAUGUGUCUUCAGACGUCAUUUUAUUCCUUCUUAAAAUGGUAGCUCCAGCGGUAAAUUUGGGUUAUACGUCUAAGGACACAAAAAGAUAAGGGCGGAUAAUGCCGACACUGACGAGUGUAGCUAUGUCAUGGCGAUAAUUGAUGCCGAGCAGUCUUUUAACAGCGGAGCUGGGUUGGCAAAACUCCGGGAUCGCGCGCGCAAAACUGGGCGCGUAUUCGCCACAGAAAGCGGGUGUGUGCCAAACAGCUCCUAGCACAGCAUAGCCACCAUGCACAGCAUCGUAUAGCAAAGAGGAGGGAAAGGGGAGUGAGGGAGAGAAGGAGUGAUGUGAGGGUGAGGUGGAAGGAAAGGAGGAGGUGAGAGGGCCAGGAACUGCAUAGCCUUGUAUAGUAUAGUUUAGCAAGGGGAUGGUAAGGGGUAGUGAGGGUGAGGAGGUGCGGAGGAGCGGAGUAGGAAAAGGAGCAAGCGAUAGGUUAAACCAUAGCAUAAACAUCUACAGUAUAGCAUAGUAAGGGAUGGGAAAGAGAAGUAUGUCCCAAGCACUUCCUACAAUAGCAUAACCAUGCAUAUCAUAGCAUACCAAGGCGUGAGAAAGGGAAUUGAGUGAGGAGGGGUGAUGUGAGGGUUAGGAGGAUGAAAGAAGUAGAAAA